AUGGAAAAUAAUAGCCCAUCAAAAGGUUGUAGAGUUUAUGUUGGGAAUUUACCAUGGAAAGUUACAUGGCCAGUUUUAAAAACUCAUAUGAAAAAAGCAGGAGAUGUUAUCAGAGUAGAUAUUUUUGAAGAUGCACAAGGGAGAUCAAAAGGAUGUGGAAUUGUAGAAUAUGCUACAUAUGAAGAAGCUCAAGAAGCUAUUAGCAGUUUAAAUGAUUCUAAAUUAGAAGAUCGUUUAAUAUUUGUAAGAGAGGAUAGAGAAGAAAAUGCAGGAAACUACGAGAAAAGAAGAUUUAGUAAUAUUAGAAAAGAAAAAUUCUAUGAUUAUAAAAGAGAUUAUAGAAGAGAUGAUUAUAGAAGAGAUUUUAGAAGAGAUGAUUAUAGGAGAGAUUUUAGAAGAGAUGAUUUUAGAAGAGAUUUCAGAAGAGAUUAUAGAAGAGAUGAUUUUAGAAGAAAUGAUUUUAGGAGAUCAAGUAAAAGAAAUUGUACUUUAAUUGUUUAUAAUUUACCACCUCAAGUUACAUGGAAAGAAUUAAAAGAUUUAUUUAAAAAACAUGGUAGAGUUGUUAGAGCUGAUUUAAAAAAUGAAGAAAAUUCUUCUAAAGAAUUAACUGGAGUAGUAAUAAUGGAAAAUGAAUAUGAAGCAAAAAAUGCUAUCGAUGCUUUAAAUUUUUGUAAUUUUGAUGGAUAUAUUUUAAAAGUGAAUUUUGAAAAUAGCGAAUAA